AGACAUUUACACUCGCUCGGCAAGAUAAAACUGCCACUUAGAGCACAGGGGGAGUUCAGCCUUCCUAGGUUGUCCUGGGGAACUGAGCAGAACCAUGGGUUCUCUGGUCCUGCCGCUAAGCGCCGUCUUCUGCCUGGUGGCUCACUCAGUUUCUGGCAGCCCCAUCAUGGGCCUUGAGCAGUCACCCCUGGAAGAAGACAUGCCCUUCUUUGACGAUGUCUUCACAGAGCAAGAUGGCAUUGACUUCAACACACUGCUGCAGAGUAUGAAGGAUGAGUUUCUCAAGACGUUGAACCUGUCCGACAUUCCCCUGCAGGACACUGCCAAAGUGGAUCCACCCGAGUACAUGCUGGAACUCUACAACAAGUUCGCCACGGACCGGACCUCCAUGCCGUCUGCUAACAUCAUUCGGAGUUUCCAGAAUGAAGGUCUGUUUUCUCAGCCUGUCAGCGUCAAUGGGCUUCGGAAAUACCCUCUCCUCUUCAACGUGUCCAUCCCGCACCACGAAGAGGUCAUCAUGGCUGAACUCAGGUUAUACACACUGGUGCAAAGAGAUCGUAUGAUGUAUGAUGGCGUGGACCGUAAGAUCACCAUUUUUGAAGUACUCGAGGGUGUUGACGGGAAUGAGGAUGACAGGAGCAUGCUGGUCUUGGUGUCAACAGAGAUCUACGGGAUCAACAGUGAGUGGGAGGUGUUCGAUGUCACAGAUGCCGCCAGGCGUUGGCAAAAGUCGGGCCCAUCUACCCACCAGCUGGAGAUCCACAUCGAGAGCAGACAAAACCAAGCUGAGGACACUGGAAGGGGACAACUAGAAAUAGACAUCAGUGCCCAGAAUAAGCACGACCCUUUGCUCGUUGUUUUUUCCGAUGACCAAAGCAAUGACAGGGAGAAGAAAGACGAGCUGGAUGAGAUGAUCUCUCAAGAGCAGGAUCUGGACCUGGACACGGAUGGCUUCUCCAGGGGACCUGACGAAGCGGCCUUGCUGCAGAUGAGGUCAAACAUGAUCGAUGACUCUACUGCUCGCAUCAGAAGGAACGCCAAGGGCAACUACUGCAAGAAGACCUCACUCUACAUCGACUUCAAGGAGAUUGGCUGGGACUCUUGGAUCAUCGCGCCGCCUGGGUAAGAAGCCUAUGAGUGCCGUGGCGUCUGUAACUACCCUUUGGCCGAGCACCUCACACCCACAAAACAUGCGAUUAUCCAGGCUUUAGUCCACCUCAAGAAUUCCCAGAAAGCGUCCAAAGCCUGCUGCGUGCCCACAAAGCUGGAUCCCAUCUCCAUCCUCUACCUAGAUAAAGGUGUCGUCACCUACAAAUUUAAAUAUGAAGGAAUGGCCGUGUCUGAAUGCGGCUGUAGAUAGAAGAGGAAUCUCGUGGCUAAUUUAAUAACUGUAGAUGUGUAUAUUUUGUGUUCUAUUUAAUGAAACUAUUUAAUGAAGGUGUACAGAUAACAGAGGUUGCCACCUUAGGGAAGUGGACAGGUCAGUGUGCUGUAGAAAAUGUGUAUUUUGCUCUACCAUCCAGUCCCUUCCGUUUAUCUUCUCUGGACUCUCAUUCCCAGUGACACCAUCUCUAACAACCAAAUGCAGGCCCGUACCACUUCUCCUCAAUGUCAGUUUGGAAAGAACGGCCCCUAAAGGGAAACGGUGUCAGCACACAGAUAUUUGUGCAUGUUUGUGCACGUGUGCAUGGACUUAUGAAAACCUUUCUGUUCAACAAAGGCAGACGAGGCUCACACAUGUGAGGGGCUUCCUCCAGAGUGUCUGUAUUAUUGGAUAUGGGAUUUAGGGUAAGAGAGUUCCUUAGACGGGAGUUUAGCCGUCUAGGGAAGCAUAAUUUCCAACUGUUCUGGGAGGGUGAAUGCAGUUCUUUUCUGUUGUAGCUGCCAUGGCUCCGGGCAGCAGACUUGAGAAGCAGUCUUCCGCAAGCUCAAGAGGUGGGUGGGGUUGUCAGAUACACAGAACAAAUGUCCUUGACAGGCGAUGGUCCAGGAAAUGCACUUGUGAAAAAUGGGCCCCUGGGCUGUGCUCUCCAGAGGCCAGGGCCUAGGCAAGAAGGCUGGGGGUGAGGGACUUCUGGACUGACUCCCCUCCAGUCAACAGGAGGCAAGGCUACCUAUGCCAGCCUUUACAGCUGUAGAGGGCCACGGAGGUGGAGGAGGGACAAAAGGAGAAGGGCACAGAUGUCCUCAGAUGUGGUGGUAAAAAUCCCCAAAAUUCUAAUUGGGAUAACUAAAUCUUUUUUGGACAAAAUAAAAUGAGCCAAGGCUAAGAGAACUCUCAGAAGGGAGCUAUUUUGUGAGCUCUACUGAAAACAUCUUCAUUUCGCGAUGUCCCUCUCUUGCUGGCCCCCUCUCCUUUUUCUUCCAUCUUCUUCCCUUUGUUUAACUUCCCGCCCACCCUGUCUCUUGUUUUCCUGUGUUUCUCUCUCUUCACCACCCACGGCAUGGGCUGGGAGGAGGCACCUGAAAAUACUUUCACUCAGCCAGGGAUCUGAGUUCUAGACUUCUGGAAAUGUCACUUGAUUUGAUUGUAGCUGUAUCCUUUCUGCUGUGUUUUCCGUGAAGCCGGCGACUCAAAUGUUGAGCUUAAAAUCUGAUGCCUUAGAAGAAAGUCUGUAGCACUCUCUGCCCUCCUUCUGGUUUGAAAUCAUUGUCCAUACUCCGGAGAGCUGAAAGGACACGGAGACUCUGGCUCUGGUCCUACCGCUUCCUGCUAGGGUCCUAGAGUCUGUAAAGGAGGAGCUCGAGCAGGCAGGUGCAGUCACCCCAACAUCAGCAGACAGGUGACACAAUGAUCCACAAGGGAAACAGAAAUAUGGCUUCCAGUACAUCGCCCACCUCUACCCUAUGGGUUAUAGAUAUUAAUUUCGGGCCAUUCUCAGCUUCCUUUCCAUAAGCUUCUUAGAAUUCUACAUUCAGAUUGUUCUGUGAAUUCGAAUUUCAACCCCAUAUAUCUAGUCGGUCAAAAAGCAAAUCUCAGAGAGGUUGUUGCCCUGGAAGAGGAAUAUUUUGGUCAUAAGUGGGAACACAGUGAGGGACAUUGUGGUGGCUGAGAUGGAUGUUCAACUAAGAAGUAUACGUGUUAGCCUCUUUCUUACAGAGUGUGUCUGAGCACACGCAUAAGUCUGUAUACGUGGCAGCUGGAUUGGCUAGCCAUGCCAGCAUCCCUUGAGGAAAUGGUACAGCCUUCAUUCUCUAUGGUACACCACACAUACUCAAACUCCACGGUACUGCCGGUCCUUCUUUCUCAAGGACAGUGUAAUAGACAUAUAAUAAAAUCUCAGCUUGGCAGGAAUAGUUUCUUCUAAGUUCUAGUCACGGCUCCACAACCAGCCCAGGGCAGGCAGAAGCUCAGCCUUGUAAUUUCCAUAGUUUAGAUGUGUCACGUGAUGCUGAAUGACUCGGAAACUCAAGGAAAACAUGACAGCCCGAUCUGUGGAAGGGCAGGCUUUCUGGCCACAGAACUCCACUGACAUUAACAUCUGAUAUCAGAGGUGUCAGCUCUUGUAUCCGCCAUGCCCACGGCUGCUCGCCCAGUCAGCUCCUGAAGAGACUGAGCUGAGCUGUUGAAGAGAGGUGACAGUUGAUGCUGUCUGCGUAUCCCACAGGCUGCCCCACUGACUGGAGUGCAGACACAGCUGGGGCUUUGCAUGGUGGUCCUCCUGUAGCAAGGCGUGCAGAUAGUCACAUGGCGGAUAUUCAAGUGUGGCUGUUUGCAUUAUUGUUAUGAUUUUUGCUGCCUUAUCAAAAGUGCAAUGACAAAAGCCAUAAAUAGAAGCAUUCUUCUCCCUUCUCCUGGGAGCUGCCUGCAGCCCGUCUCAUUCACUGCCUUACCCUGAAGCCACAGAAUGGAUGGGUCCUCAGGAAAUUAAAACUUAGAGAUACAUUUCUGUGAUGACGAAUCUUCUACCAUGGCCAGCCCAAACCAGACUUGCUUUAUUUUUAUUUCUUAUGCUUUGAUGGCAAAAGCUGAUAAACCUAACAACUCUUGAGGGAAACGCUAGCAGGGCACUCGGGCAGCCUGCCACCAGCAUGGCCGUGUCAAAGUUUUUAGGCUUCUUACUAUUUAUUGAUUAAUAUAUUUAUUUUUGUAAUAUAUUGUAGAGUAUGAAAUAUUUUAUUUUUAUGUGUGUGACUCCCUCUUGGACAGAAUAGCCUCCUCUGCAGUCCACGGUGUACUCUUGCUGGGGGUGUAGCUCGACUAGAAUACACACACAUAUGUCUGCCUCUGCUUUCGGCAUCAAGCUGGUAUUUUUAGGGAUCCGGCCAUAGCUUUGCAUGUUUGUGUCUUGUGGGCAGACUGUGAGCCCCUCUCUGCAUCUGCCGACUCCGUCCCACUAAUCCCUCCACGAGUUCAUAUGUGGAGGAAAAGGAACACUGGUUUCUGUGUGUGUUUUCUUGUUUCCAAAGACAUCUGAUUCUACACAUUUCGUGAAAGGGGAGAGCAACCCCUGUACCACACACACUAGGAGAACAUUUCCACACACAGGAGCAUAGCUACACAAAAACACCGCAUGGAGACGAUCAUUUGUGGCAACCUGUUCAUUUCUAUCACAAUGCACACCGGUGUUUGUGAGCCCCUAAUUGUGGUGGGGUGGUGAUGCUAGCUCUUACCCUGCAGGUUCAGAGGCAUCCAGGAAAUUAGCUGAUGCCUGAGCAUGCCAAAUCAGCUAAGCACAGCCAUGUUCUUCAGUAAAGCAAGUUCAUCAUUCAUGUCAGAUCUUCUAGAAGUUAGCCCAAAAGGAAGACAGAUAUAGAUAACUUACACUCUGUUCAUUAAACAAAUGUGUACAUUAGAGUCAUCGUGUUAAAUAAAAUGGAAAAGUUAUUUUGACAAUAAUCUUCGGCAGUUCAUUGUUUCGAAUGUGCAAUCUCUCCCUCUUUCCUACUUUCCUCUGUUCAUAUUUCCACAUCACAAUACUAUCAGGUGGAAUCAAACUUCCUGCUUAAUCAGCAGAAAAUGACUUAAAGAGACAGUAAAAAAAAGCUGCACUGAGCUUCUGCUUUUAUAUAUUCUUCUCAUCUUAUAUGAUUUUUGUAAACCCCAGGAACACUAGCAACAGGGAAGGAAAAUGAAUUGGCUCCUCUUUGCUAAUAACUGGAAAUUGUGUCUUUGAAUCCUGAUUGUAUUAUAUUAAAGAACAAUCACUUUGGAAAGUAUUCAAGUUACAUUUGAUUGCUCUCUAGUACUGAACGUCACAUGACCCCAAGUUUAAAGGGGCAUGCUUAAAGCGGCCUAAUGGGUCCUACUCUCUAGAAAGACAUCAAAAUAGGGUAUCCUGACUUCUUAGGGACCUCUCCUGUGUUCGGUUUAGCAGAUAGUUUGGGUGACUAUGUGGGAAAGUCACUAGGAAAGCACAGAGGAUCUUUAGAGCCCCAGGAGAUGCACAGCAAACAUCUGGACAUGUGAGACAUGUGGCUCCCUGCUAUGCAUAGGACAGGAGGAGGGACGGGGCCUGCUCUGGGAGGAAGUUCAUCUCAUAGCAUGCAGGGCUGCAAGGGCAGGGAGACGGCCUGUGGGAGAACCGGAGGAGACAGUUCCUCCCGAAAGACCUUCUGCCUCUCUUGAGUGGGCUCAACACCCUGGCUGGCAUGAGUGACAGGGAGCACUUGCUUGGGGAGGCAGAGUUCAGUCCCGGAGAGGAGAGAGAGCAGAGUCCUCCUCAAGGACACUGGCCAGGCCUGGACUAAGGGGUUGGGGAAGCCAUUCUCAUGACACAGCUUUGAAUCCUUUAGCAACCUAUCCAUUCUUCAGUAAAUAAUGCCGUUUAUAGAUACCGCUCAUGGCACGAGGCCUGGAGCUUUACUCCACAUGUGACCUGACCUGGGCAAGGUCUCUGUGAUUGGCUACUUCAUUCUGGGUGUCUUUUUCUUUUUCUUUUACUGAGGCAACUGGGAUGCACUGAGCUGAACAAAGAGGCAAAUAAUUUUAGGAGGAAGUUUAUAAUGAAGUGUGAGACAGUUAUGUUCGGGGCUAUAUGCACACGUGUGUGUGUGUGUGUGUGUGUGUGUGUGUGUGUGUAUUUAACACUUUACAAUUCUAAGAAAGAGCUUGUAUGAACUGAUCUUGGCGUUGUAGAGAGACUAAGACGCGGGACCCCAGCAUGUGACUCUGGUCACAUGGACAAGGGCCUACUUUUGCACUGAAGUGGCUCUUUGUAAAUGAGGGGUAUAUUUGGAGGUGAGAGCUUGUUAACUUGGCGGUUAUAAAUGGAUUAUGUGAUUAUCUUGGACUCUCUCUCCUCAACUGUCAGCUUAAAGAAAUGGCUCCUGCUUCUCUUGUCCUUCCUCAGUCCGUCCACACAGAGCUCCAGUAUCUCAUCCACCCCGAGAAAGCUGGGAGAUGCAUGGGCACACAGUCCGCUUUUACUUUGGAAUGAGAUUCUGCGAGUCUGACAACAGUUUAGACCACUUAGCCGAGGUGAAGGUUUUCUGAGUGGAGGCAUAAACAGGGCUGUGGCAUGCAUCAGGAAAGACUUGGCAGGGCCAUUUCACAUGCAGGAUGCUGGCUGCUUUCCUUGAUGGCCCAGGAUGUUUUCGGCAAGCCUAACUUCUAAUUAGAAUCUUUGCCUAAACGUAUAACAACCUGAUUAAUUAUGAGGAAAUAUCAGACGAUCCAUGUGAAGAACAUUAUGCAAAACAGACAUUCUGUUUAAAGAUAAAAGUU